AUGAUUUCGGAGCAGCCUGCGCCAUCAGAGGUCUCAAUUGCUCAGAGUGCAGCCGACAACCCUGCCAUCAUUAGUGCCAACGAGGUAUCAGCUGAAAAUAACGUCGGCGAAGCGGAUGUCGCUUUGAACACCAAAGAGAGGGCUCGAUAUGCUGAGAACCUGGACUUUCCUUGGUCUGUACCGUUGACACAGAAGGUCACCAUCCGUAAAGGUUCAUCGUCGCUGCAGCCCAUGUCCAGAACAACAUCAGUAGAUGAGAACGCGAUUAAUAGUGGAGCGUGCAGCCCCAAUACUGAACGGACUCAAGAUUACGCGAUGAUUAAAACGGCCGAUAGUUCGCAAAGUGACGAACCAGAUAUGCUAUUUAUGAAGGAGGGGUUCGCUGGGUUAGAUCGAGUCAAAGAGGACAGCAAAGAAGAACCACAAACUAAAAAUACCUCCAACAAGAAUCUCAUCGCGACCAAGACUUCGGCCUAUGAUGGUGAUAAGAUCGCUGUGGCGUUCAAAGAAAGAAAGACGAAGGACGCAAAAGAAUCUAUUCAACUGUCUGAUGCGUUAAUACCUCCGGGUAACAUCCCCGAGCCCACGCUGCAAGCAGACAAUCCUCAAAAAACAGACAUCAGCGUAAAAGUUCGACGCACGAAGCGUAAAAAGGAUGUGCUAUCUAAAAGAACCAUAGAUGCCACCCCAGUCACCACCAGAACGGCUACUUUUCUGCUUGAUGAACAGAGACGUACCAACAAAAGUGAGAUCUGCCUCUUCGCUUUGGUAAUUCUUGCAGUCAUCAUCAUAACAGCAUUUAUUCUGCUUUUUAUGAAGUUUAAGACCAAAGGAGAAGAUAAACCCGAAUUCGGCAUGAAAUUAGCGGACACCUGCAGUUCCUUGAGCUGCAUUCAGAACGCAGCCUUCCUCGGCAAUUUGCUCUUCUGGGACGUGAAUCCGUGCGACAACUUUUAUAUGUUCGUCUGCAACCAUUGGGCAAACCAGUUGCCAAUAUCGGUAGGUGCCUUCACCAUCUCCAUUGACGACGACUACGCGGGUGACCUUGAAGACAUUAUGUUCUCCCUUUUGGCUCAAGGAAAGCAGACUGGCGUAACACAAGCAAUAGGGAAACUGUUUGAACAGUGCCAAAACGCGAAGCAGAUUGAAGAAGACGGAUGGAGCCCCCUGCUCGACCUUCUGAGCCAAGUUGAGCUAGAAGGAUUUCCGUUUACACCGCCUAUCCGUAAGCUGCCAGUCUGGAAGCUGGCUGCCAAGGUGCUCAGGAAGACAGGUGUUGCGGCUUUCUUUGGUGUCGGCAUCACUUCCUAUUCACCACAAGGAAAAGACGUCGUUGCCCUCAGAGUGCCGGAAACGUUCUCCAGUACGGACGGUGCAGACAUAAGCGAAGCCAUACGUUCUUAUACAGGCGCAGUACAGGCCUCACUCAAAGCGCUCAAGAAAGACUUCAUACCUUCAGAUCAUUCACGGAACGUCGUGAGGUUCGCGGGUCAGCUGGAAAGGCUGUACCUACUUUACUCGAAAGAGAGGAACUUCAGCGUUCAGCCUAUAUUGCCGAACUCUUCGCUAGACAUUUUUCUGGCCGAGGUCUUUCGCGAAGUGUCUCCCUCUGUCUACCAGGCCGGGAACGCUAAAGUUCUUAUUGAGUCCCCUGGGUUUGCCACAGAGUUUGAGAAGAUGGUUCAACAGACCGAUACUCCGGUUGUGAUGAAUUUCUUAAGCGUUCGUCUCAUAAUCCAAGUUUCACCGUUUCUUCCGGAUGUUGAUCUGCUGGACGUUUACAGUAGCCUGGUGUACCGAAAGCUCCAGCUAGGCGUUCCUCGCUGGAAGCUUUGUGUGAGAACCAUUGAGAGGGCCUUACCGCCGCCCUUUCUCUACUUAUCAUUCAGCGAUGUCCGGGACCAUAAACUGGAGGCGAAGUUAGCGGACCUCGUUAUCGAGAUUCGGAAAGAAUUUCUCAAUGGCAUAGAAAGCGCCGACUAUCUCAACGAAGCAUCGAAAGUUAUCAUCCACAGCCUUAUUUCUAAAACCAAGCUCCAAAUAUUUUCUGCGCCCUGGACGAGGGACAAGAAGCUUUUGGAGGAGUUCGCUGGCAAAGUUCCAUCGUCCUCUCGGCAGAGCCUGGAUACCUACGUUAUGGCGCACGAGUACGCGUUCGUGGACAUGUUGAGGCGCAAGUCUUCUGAGCAAUGGCCACGCUCGGCGUUUAGCACAAGUUGCUGGUACGAUCCCGGAUCGAGAACAAUCUACGUGCCAGUCCUUGUGUUCAACGUGUCCUUAGCUCAGAGCGAGGAGAUGCCACUUCUCCAAUUGUCCCGGGCGGGCAUCCGCAUUGGACGCUGCAUCUUCGAAAUGCUGAUUUCAGAGGCCGGUUCUCCACACGCCACGGAACAGUGGCUUAACGAGGACACAAGGUAA